AUGGUUCCGAAGUCUAUCUAUCACAUGGUGGCAAUGUCAGACAGGCAUUUUUUGGAAGGCGUGGGAGGAAUCGUUAACUCCAAUUUGCUCACCAGUGAAGCGAGUCUGGCAUUUUAUGAGCAUUUAGGCGUUGAGAAUCUCGUGCAGAGUAUAAUCGCCGAGCUGUGCAAAAUCCCUGCCGCUCGCCAAGAGUUUCACCUCGGAGAUGGACUCGCAUUCAAAGAUCACGGCAAUGCCCUCGAUUCUGUCAAAGGAGAAGAAUCGGUCAUCACCGGACCCUGCAGACCAGAUCAGUAUUGCAUACAUCGGAUCAACGAAGGGACAGGAACUCUUCUCACAACGGUCGAAUACAAACCACCCCACAAGCUCUCCGUCGCUAGUCUUCGUAUCGGACUACGGGAGAUGGACUUCUGGGAUGAAGUGGUUCGACCGAAUUUCGUGCCAACCGAGGAGACCGAGAAGUUGCGAUACAAUGCAACUCGCUUGACCGGCUCAGCUCUAGCCCAAGAAUAUCACAUCAUGAUCCAAGAAGGACUUGAAUAUUCUUACUUGACUGUAGGGUUAGCAUUGGUUCUGCUGAGGGUCCGAGCUGACGACCCAGAAACCUUGUAUUACCAACUGUGUGAACCCGCCACAGAUAUUGAGGUUAAUGGGGAUCGGAGCUUUGAACAACCAAUUUCGGCCAUUGCACGGGUACUGUGUCUUUGUUUGAUGAGCUUUAAAUCCCAGGUUCGGGACCAGAAAUGGCGGCAGGAUGUUGGUCCUCGGCUUCAAACAUGGGAGACGAGUUUCUCCCACGAGCGUUCCAGGAUCCCUGGAGAGGAGUUGCAGAAGGAUCCCCCAGAUUCGCCAUUCAAUUCUUCUUUCAGCGAUAGCAGUGUGUCGUAG